AUGGAAUUUUACUACGUAGAAGAACUAUGCCAGUUGUCCAGAAAUGGAAAUUUGAAAAGCAUCUGUCAUCUGCUAGACGACCACAAGGAGUUCGAUAAAGGAAGAAUCAAGAAAGCAAUGGAAGAGGCACUUUCGGUGGCAGUUGAAAGUGGCCAUGUAGAAAUCGUUGAAUUUCUUGUAGAUUAUGGAGUGAACACUAUCGCAGAAUGCAGAGAUGAGAGGAGCCUACUAUUUAAAGCAGCUUCCAGCGGGAACACCGAAUUAGUAAAAUAUCUCUUUGAGUGCGGACAAGACAUUGACGCAGAUGAUAUGAACCACAGGACUGCCUUGCACUCAGCAUCAUUCAAAGGAGACUUAAAAAUGGUCAAAUGCCUAAUUGAGUGUGGUGCCGACAAGAAUUCUAGAGACAGUUGUCAGAAAACUCCAUUACAUUUCGCAGCCUUGCGCGGAAACGUGGAAUUGGUGGAACUGUUGGCUCGAAAUGGUGCUGAUUUUGCCGCAAAAGACAAGCAAAGGUUAACUCCGAUGCAUUAUGCGGCAGAUGGAUCAGGCGGCAAAGUGCUCGAAAUGUCGACGACCAGUGAAACCAGCGUCAGUGCGGCGAACUGA